AUGAGCAGAGGGGCCCGGAUUAAUGAAAUUGGGGGAAUUCAUGGCACUGCUCUCCAGGCGGCCUGCUACAAUUACGCGCUCGGUGUGGAGACGGUUCGUUUCCUAAUUGAACAAAAGGCUGAUGUGAAUGCGAAAGGUGGGGAAUAUGGAACAGUACUGAUAGCUGCCUGUGAAGGUUCCCAAGGGGUGGACUUGGUACGGCUACUUCUUGAACACGGCGCUGAUGUAAAUGCCGAAGGGGGAGAGUAUGGAACAGCACUUAUAUCUGCCUGCCGAAGGGCAGAUCCCAAGUUGGUACGACUGCUUCUAGAAUAUGGGGCAAAUAUCCACCGCCAGGACUAUGAGGUCUGGAAUGCGGCCGCUGGGAGGUCACUGAGUAGGUGGGAGAGUGACGAGAUCUAUGAAGUGCUGGAACUUUUAUGUGGUCAACAAACCGAUAUCCAUCGCGUGAAUGGAGGCCUCACAACUGCUCUAAAUGCCACACUGGAAAUCCGGGAUCUACAUUUUGAGGAAGAAAAGCAGACAAUGCGUGAAAGAAUCUGCUGGCUACUCGAACACGGCGCUGACGUCAAUGCCAAGGGUGGUAAAUAUGGCUUCCCACUCCAGACGGUGUGUACGAGAAAAUACAGUACCUCUUGGUAUCCCAGUGGCAUCAAUGCCAACUCCGGCAUAACAAAGCUUCUUCUCGAACAGUGCCCAAAUAUCAAUGUCAACGCACAAGGAGGCAUCUUCGGAUCAGCUCUGCAGGCCGCCGCUUUCUCUGGCCAGACAGAGUCAGUAAGACUGCUGUUGGAUAGAGGAGCCGAUGUUAACAUACGUGGUGGAAAAUGUGACAGUGCGUUAAACGCAGCAAUAUUCUCCGGCUAUUGGGAUAUUGUUGAGAUCCUUCUUCAAAAGGGGGCCACGCCAGAUUAUCGUUUGCAGCAGCAGCCUGAUGAAGAGUGGCUUCAAGGUAUUAGAGAGAAGUGGUCAGAAGAACUAGAAGAGAGUUGGGAAAAGGAUGCUAGAGAAGCGGAUUGGCGAUGUGCUAUUGCGAGAUAUAGAAAGUUUUGGGAGGUUGAGAGUGGCUCUGCAGCUGGGACUGAAUAA